AUGGACGAGUGGUCAGAUGUGGAUUUGUAUAGGGUUACCGAGUUGUUUGGAAAGCAUCCCAAUUUGUGGGAUCGCGAGCAUGAAGAUUAUCACAAUCUGCAAGAAAGAUAUCACAGUUAUUUUCAAAUCCUUGAGGGCCUUUGCAUGCCGAACGCGUCGGUCAGCGAUGUACUAUCGAUACUACGGGAGCUUCGAUGCGCUUAUGUGUCGAAUCUACGAGAGAUGCAGGUAGACGUUCACUGGAAGAAUGAGCGACUCAGUGGUGGUAAUGGUGGCAGAAUGGUUCGACCAGUGGCCAAGUGGUUUUGGGUCAUGCACGGAUUUCUGUACGAUCAUUUGGACGCCGACGAGAGGCUCACUGAAUAUCCGGAUCCAAAUAUAAAUCCAUCAACUCAGCCCGACGUUCUCUCUUCUACCUGCGCCUGUGAACCCGUUGAUAUUGGACCAAAAAAAGGUGGUACAUGGAGUAAAGAUGACCCUAGGCUAGUACACCAAGAACGAAUGACAUUGGAUGAGAAAAAGUGGGAUAAAGUGGACGAGGAAAAUGAAGUUGCCCGGGGCAAUGGAGAAUUUUCAGUCACCUCAGCUUCCCACAAGGGUGAAAUACUCUUCAUUCGUGCCCCCCGGGAACUUGCAAGCAUCAGAAUGAAUACAGUGUAUGAGUUCCCAGAUAGGCGAAUGGGUGUACCGUCGAAAAUGUUAUCCGAAGACGAGGAUCAAUACAAUACGUGUAAUGGAAAUGUUGAGGACAGAGGAGAGAUGGUGGAUGAAAAUGUCAAUAGGAGAAAAUGCUGCUGGAAGGAUAAGGGAGCUUGUCUUAUUGCUGAAACCCACGGAAUUGAUGGAAAAAAAUCCUAAUUUCAAAAUAGAAGAAUGACGAUGAGAAUCCUUGAUAUUCCCAUGUUCU